AACUAACUAAAUUCUUUAUAUCAAUCAUAUAACUAUAUAAAAAUAUAAAUGAUAAAAUACAUUAUUUCAUUAUUUUCUUAAAAAAAAAUGAUAUGUUACAAAAAUAACCAUUAACUUCAUUGUUUCACUUAAAAUGUUUUAGACUUUUUGAACUUCUGUUAAGCUGAUUGACACAUUUUUUGGCCAUUAGUAUUUUCCAUAUAUAAAUCAUCUAUAUCUUUCUAUUAAUAAUAAAUUGAUAUUCAAUGUCUUUAUUUUCAGCUCUGUAGCAUGAACGGAUAGAAUCUGACGAGUGAAAGUCAUCAUCAUCUUGUCUACUUGUCUUUUAUUCAAUUUCUUCAUAAUAAAUUGACUAUAACAGGAUCAUUAUAAACAUUUUUUUUAAAAACUUAUUCCCAUUUGUCCAUAUUCAAUAUAUAUCAAUAUAUAUAUAAAGGGUACGUGAAAUAAUUUCUACUCUUGCUGGAGAAUCACUUUCACUAGCUAAUAACUUUUUAGCUUUUGGUGUGUCGAUACAUUUGCUUUACAGGUUAUUAGUUUGAUAGUGAUCAAACUGUUAAGAGUAUCAUGAUUUAUGGGUAUAAGAUUCGGGAUGGUUGUUGCCAGUAUAGGUUCCAAAUUGAUUCGACCGCUUGAUUCAUUCUAAUUAAUACUUGACGGCUUUUUUACUCUAUUGCUUUUGGCAAACCUCAUUAUAACAAAUACGAUUUUUGCAAAUCGUCAACUUUUGUACCUGAAACAUUCAGUAGGUAAUAUUAGUAGAAAUAUAUUCUACCUUUUUGAUAUCGUAACACUAUACAAUAUUUAUUUAUAUCAAAUUAUUUGA